AUGCGAGUCUCGAGCUACUACCCCCUCAAGGCCUUCCCGCACCGCUAUGCUCAGAUGCUCGACUGCUAUCUCCAUGGCAUGCCGAUCUGCCAGUGUCCGACGGAAUGUGAUGGAUGUCAGCGCGAGCUCGAUCCCUCCGUUGCUGCACAUCAUCUCCAGACCUGCAUACGCCGAUCCUCCAAGCUUCCCACGGCGCAUGACAACCUUACUCGUACGAUUCGGUCGAUGCUGAACGAAGCUGGUCUUCAGAGCGUCAUCGAUACAGUCGGGGAUCCUCGUUCUCGACGGCAGGUACCCUCCCAUCCUCAUGGCCGCAAGAUGAAGGGCGAUAUCCACAUCCCUGGAAUCCGCGAUCGAGGGUCCGAGCAGUACGAGGGCUUGAUGGCGGACGUGACGUUGGUCCACCCUUACAUUGGUAGCUCUGCCGACCUGACCAAGUGGGGGGAGGUCAACCUCGACGCCCUCCAUGUUGCAGCGUCUGAGAAGAUUCGCAAACAUCGCGCUGCAUAUGCCAUGACUACUCCUCCUCGAGCGUUCAUCCCUCUUGCCAUCUCGACGGACGGUACCCUGCAUCCUGACACCCUCCGCUUCAUCUGGUAUCUCGCGGACAUCAUUGCUCAGCGCUCAAUGCCUCUUGAGGAUGCGGCGUUUGGUCGGCACUUCGUGCCUGAUGACGGACCUGCUGCUGAGGUCUUGGCUCGCAAACGCGCCGCCACCUAUCAGCGCCUCACCAUGCAGCUGACGCUGGAAGUGCUCUUGUCUGGUGCGAGGCGCAUGACGCCCUUGCGGGCGCAAGCACUUCUCGAGCCAGAGGACAGCUCCUCCUCGGACUUUGUCGAGUCGCCCGAGGAGUCUUCGCCGGAGGUCUCCGACUCCGAUGGGGGACACCCUUCGAGUGGCCCCGACGAUCGGCGCGGAGCUGGCGAGGCGUCUCCGUCCCUCACUGUGACGUCGGGUGCCUCCGGAGAGCUCGACACCACUGGGUACCUCGCCGCGCAUCCCGACCUGCUAGAGUUUGCGAGGUUCAAGCGGGAGCUUCCGCAUAGUCGGGGAGGGGACGAGUUCACGCCCUCUGAGGGUCUACACCCCGCUGUUUACUAUACGGCUAUCGCUCGCUUCCUCGCUUGGUACUCUGACCAGCCCAUGUCCCGGACCUUGCCCUCUCCUCAUAGCCUGGACGUUCACUGCUCGAGAUCUCUCCGUGCCCAGAAGCAUCCUCUGGCGACCUUCUUCGUUGAGGCGCACGACUUCGUUCAUAAUGCUGGAGCGAUCCUCUACCGUCAUGUCAAGGCUCCUGCACCGGCUGCAGAUGGCGCGGCGAUCCCACCUGCCCCGGCUGCUGUGCCUGAUGACCCUUGGCAUAGGAAUUAUUGGCAGAAGGCACACAGUCCACAGCGAGAAGCUGCACAAACACACACAAAACACAAGCCCGAGGAUGACGCAGGACGCCCCCCGGCAUCUGUGGUACACAUCCCUGGUUUGCGCGCUCUCGUCGACUCGUCUCAUGAGCACUUCAUUCCUCCGCCUGCGCAGCGAAAUGUGACCCCUCUUGUCAUGCGCGUCUUCCCUCGCCAUGUGCAUGCUCGCGCUGCGCUAACCGAUCAGCAGCGUGAUAUCCUCACCUUGCACAGCCGCAGGACACACUCGCUCAAGUCGCAGGAUAGGGUCUUGCAGUCUACCAUCUUCGCUCAUUUUCCUGAGCGAGACCUGAGCCACUCUCCGAUGCGGGUCUCGAGCUACUACCCCCUCAAGGCCUUCCCGCACCGCUAUGCUCAGAUGCUCGACUGCUAUCUCCAUGGCAUGCCGAUCUGCCAGUGUCCGACGGAAUGUGAUGGAUGUCAGCGCGAGCUCGAUCCCUCCGUUGCUGCACAUCAUCUCCAGACCUGCAAACGCCGAUCCUCCAAGCUUCCCACGGCGCAUGACAACCUUACUCGUACGAUUCGGUCGAUGCUGAACGAAGCUGGUCUUCAGAGCGUCAUCGAUACAGUGGGGGAUCCUCGUUCUCGACGGCAGGUACCCUCCCAUCCUCAUGGCCGCAAGAUGAAGGGCGAUAUCCACAUCCCUGGAAUCCGCGAUCGAGGGUCCGAGCAGUACGAGGGCUUGAUGGCGGACGUGACGUUGGUCCACCCUUACAUUGGUAGCUCUGCCGACCUGACCAAGUGGGGGGAGGUCAACCUCGACGCCCUCCAUGUUGCAGCGUCUGAGAAGAUUCGCAAACAUCGCGCUGCAUAUGCCAUGACUACUCCUCCUCGAGCGUUCAUCCCUCUUGCCAUCUCGACGGACGGUACCCUGCAUCCUGACACCCUCCGCUUCAUCUGGUAUCUCGCGGACAUCAUUGCUCAGCGCUCAAUGCCUCUUGAGGAUGCGGCGUUUGGUCGGCACUUCGUGCCUGAUGACGGACCUGCUGCUGAGGUCUUGGCUCGCAAACGCGCCGCCACCUAUCAGCGCCUCACCAUGCAGCUGACGCUGGAAGCGCUCUUGUCUGGUGCGAGGCGCAUGACGCCCUUGCGGGCGCAAGCACUUCUCGAGCCAGAGGACAGCUCCUCCUCGGACUUUGUCGAGUCAUCCGAGGGGGAGUCUUCGCCGGAGGUCUCCGACUCCGAUGGGGGACACCCUUCGAGUGGCCCCGACGAUCGGCGCGGAGCUGGCGAGGCGUCUCCGUCCCUCACUGUGACGUCGGGUGCCUCCGGAGAGCUCGACACCACUGGGGUGCUUGCUGCUGGUCCGAGCUCGCCUGCUUCCUCCCCGGCAUCGGUCGGGUCACGCCGGUCCUUGGGCAUUGCCGCGGCGUCGCCGCCGUCACGGGCGGCUACCGCUGACUCGGCUACCGCUGACUCGGAGGCUAGCGAGGAGGACUACCUCGAGCGGUACCGUGUUCCUGUGUCCAGCCUCCCUCCGUCCGCUGCCCCAGGCGGACCCCCGGGCAGCGCCGGCUCCUUGUCGGCGGCUGCCCUUUCUCCGUCCGCGGCCGCCCGCUUUGUGGCGGCAGCGGACGUCUCGACUGACAGUGGUCAGUCGGCUGCCUCCGGGUAUCGCGUCUAA